AUGGAGACCCAAGUGUCCAAUGGUCCCACAAGCAACAGUUCCCUCCCCAAUGGGCCACUGAUUAGUGCCAACGGCGCCACUGAUGACUCCAAAACUAACCUCAUAGUCAACUACCUACCCCAGAACAUGACACAGGAAGAAUUCAAGAGCCUCUUUGGAAGUAUCGGAGAGAUUGAAUCCUGCAAGCUGGUUAGAGACAAAAUCACAGGUAAGACAAUAUGGCGGUGGGGGGUGGGGAGAGGGAGAGAUCUUGGCUCUGGUUUGACUCAGACAUCACGAUAAGCCACAGUAUAAUGAUGAUGAUGAUGAUGAUAAUGAUGACGACGAUGAUGAUAAUAAUGAUAAUGAUAAUGAUAAUGAUGACAAUAAUAAUAAUAAUAAUAAUACCAAGCAGUUUUUGAAGAGCUCCAACUGGUUCCAUUCAAACUGAGUUGAUGGUCAACCAAAUGGCGAGUGGGAUAGCGUAAAGUGAGGUACAUUGGGGCAAACAGAACUCCAUGUACAGUGAUGGAGUCAGAAGCGGCAGUGACUUAAAUUGAAAUUGUGGCAGAUAGCUCAGUAAAAACGUCAACGCCAUAAGGCGGCAGCUGUGGAAAAAGAGGCCUGGAGACCCAAACCCAUGAAGGAGGUAAAUAUGUUUGGCAUAGUAGGUGCUGACCUUUAAAGCCCUAAACAGCCUCGUCCCAGUAUAACUGAAGGAGCAUCUCCACCCGCAUUGUUCUGCCCAGAAACUGAGGUCCAGGUCCGUGGGCCUUCUGGCGGUUCCCUCACUUCAAGAAGUGAGGUUACAGGGAACCAGGCAGAGGGCCUUCUCCGUAGUGGCACCCGUCCUGUGGAACGCCCUCCCAUCAGAUGUCACAGAAAUAAACAAUGAUCUGAGUUUUAGAAGACAUCUGAAGGCAGGGUUGUUCAGGGAAGUUUUUAAUGUUUGAUGGUUUAUCGUGUUUUUAAUAUUCUGUUGGGAGCCGCACAGAGUGGUUCGGGAAACCCAACCAGAUGGGUGGGGUAACAACAACAACAACAACAACAAUAAUUGGAAUUUGCUGCCAUAAAAAAGUGGCAAUUGGCAUCUGGUUAGCUGGCUUUAAACUGGGAUUAGAGAAAUCCAUGGAGAUUUUUCAGUGGCUAGGCAGAAGGGCCAUAUUGAAUCUCAGGAGCACUUAGUAGUGGUGGUGGAUGGCUUCCUGGUAGCAAAGUGACUGCUACUUAUGAGGAGGAAGAGGAGUGAAGCAGUGGAAAGGUUGGCACUGUGUGGCCCUUGUCUCUCCCCCGAUCCUCCUUGGCAAAUGGCAGGAACUCAUCUGCCAGGAGGGCUUGAGUGUGCAGCUGUGCUCCUCCUCACUGACUGCUCCUCCAGACCAGUGGAAGCAUCCCUCUGAAGACCAGUUAAUAGGAAGCAGCAGCAGAGAGCAUUAUAGUCGCCCAGCCCUGCUUGUGGACUUCCCAGAUGCAUCUGAUUAGUAGGAUGCUGGGCUAAAAGGACCUUUGGUCUGAUCUAGCAGGCCAGUUAUUAUGCUUAGGAUGGUGGCAUUUAAUUUAUAGCUUGUUGUGGUACAUGAAUUAAGCUUCUCUGUUUGUUGUGGACAGGGCCAAAUUUAGGUUUGAUGAGCCCCUCAGCUACUGAAGGUAAUGGGGCCCUUUAUAUGUCCAGCUGUCCGUUGUCAACAACAAAUUGCUGCUGUUUUUUAUGUUGAAUAUAUGCUAUAUGGUCAUUUAUGGACCUAAUAGGUAUCUAAAGCCAUUUGCACAUGUUGCCAUGCACCCAGUCCAUGCAGAAUGUAGGUACCCUAUAUAUAGAAAUGAGCAAACCAGUGACAUUUUAGGGAGCAGGCUAGCAGGCGGGUCCCAUUACUUCCAUCAUAAGAGCCUACACAACACAAAACACUGUUGUUGUUUGUAGGUUUUAUUUUAUUUGUUUUAUAUCUUAUAUUUUGGAAAUGUACAUCCAGGGUUUUUCCCCUUUCAUUUUUUGGACCCCCCCAAAAGAGUGGGGCCCUAAGCUAUAGCUUGUUUAGCUUAUAAGUAAAUCCGGCAGUGGCUGUGGAGGCCUUAAGGAGCUUUUGAUAGAUGGUGAAUGGAUCGCAGGCCUGGAACUGUACAGUGGUACCUCGGGUUAAGUACUUAAUUCGUUCUGGAGGUCCAUUCUUAACCUGAAACCGUUCUUAACCUGAAGCACCACUUUAGCUAAUGGGGCCUCCUGCUGCCACCGUGCCGCCGGAGCACAAUUUCUGUUCUCAUCCUGAAGCAAAGUUCUUAACCCGAGGUAAUAUUUCUGGGUUAGCAGAGUCUGUAACCUGAAGCGUAUGUAACCUGAAGCAUAUGUAACCCAAGGUACCACUGUAGUGCAUUUGUGCUUCUCUCAGGAUUUGCUAUAUCGUCAUUUACUAUCGCGAUACACCUUUUUUUUAUGAUAAUGACAAGCUAGCUGUGGAUGGAAUAUGAAGAAAAGAGACUAUAGCAGACCAUGAGGUGGCAUGAAACUUUUCUUCUGACACUGGUAUUGAAGCUGUAGUUUACCAGGGGCCGGGGCAUCACAGGGUGGCAGUGAGAUUGUGACUGCCUGGGCACAUCAGCACCUCGUAAUGAUGUGCACAUGUGGCCCUGAUGCCACAGUUGUUUUCCCACUCCCUGUCUCAACCUUGGAUAAGCUGUACUGAUGCCAAGGUUGGGAGGGCAGCUCCACAGGCUGCUACUGAAACCAGACCUUGAGGUAUCGGUUCAGAUUACCUGUUGCACUGGCUUGUUGCUGGUGUUUAUUCAGAGGGAAGGUCAGAUUUGAGCACCUGAUAUUUACAAAUGGCAAAGCUAUGUCUGAAUUCUCAGCACAUGUGUGCAGCAAGUAAAUUUGACAGCCCCCUUUUGGGGGAAAAAUACUAGCUUUGAUUUGUGGCUUUGAAGAUAGAAUCAUAGAAUCAUAGAAUCAUAGAGUUGGAAGAGACCACAAGGGCCAUCGAGUCCAACCCCCUGCCAAGCAGGAAACACCAUGAGAGCACUCCUGACAUAUGGUUGUCAAGCCUCUGCUUAAAGACCUCAAGAAGGAGACUCGCUACACUAACUUGGCAGCAAAUUCCACUGUCGAACAGCUCUUACUGUCAGGAAGUUCUUCCUAAUGUUUAGGUGGAAUCUUCUUUCUUGUAGUUGGAUCCAUUGCUCCGUGUCCGCUCUCUGAGAGCAGAAACAGCCUUUCUCGCUCCUCUAUGUGACAUCCUUUUAUAUAUUUGAACAUGGCUAUCAUAUCACCCCUUAACCUCCUCUUCUCCAGGCUAAACAUGCCCAGCUCCCUUAGCCGUUCCUCAUAAGAUGGCAGUUUGUGACUUGGAGUUUGGUUUGGCGGGGCAUUGUAUUGAGGUUCAAGUACACAACUGAAUAAAGAAAUAGUCUGGUUUCAGGCCGUCCGGUUCUCAGAACUAGCUACUUGAUUUUAUUGUUAUUAUUUACUUCCAUUUAAUUUGCAUGCUACCCUUUCAUGUGAAAUACAGUCAAACCUCGGAUCCCAAACGCCUCCGUUUUGGAACGUUUUGGCUCCCGAACGCCGAAAACCCGGAAGUAAAUGCACUGGUUUUCGUACGUUUUUCGGAAGCUGAAUGUCCGAUGCGGCUUCUGCUUGAGUGCAGGAAACUCUUGCAACCAAUCGGAAGCUGCACCUCAGUUUUUGAACAUUUCGGAAGCCAAACAGGCUUCUGGAAUGGAUUAUGUUCAACAACCGAGGUUUGACUAUAUUUCCAGAGAGGAAGCCUUCUACUUUUGCAGAUGUUAAGGAACAAAUGAAGCCAACAGGACUUUUGUAGCACACCUUUCUCCCAGUGGCCUCCUUUGUGCAGGAAGAUAUGCCAUGUUGAUUAUCAAAGGCCACUCAGUGAAUUUCAAAUUAAGCAGAAAUUUGAGCUUAAACUUUGCACACCCUGUACUCUAGUUAGGCCUGAUGGGGAUCCUAAUUUAGCCUGCAAGGCUGUUAUCCCCAGGCCACGGCCACCUGUCCCCCACCUGACAUCAUACAAGAUAUCAGGUGCGGGGAAGGCAAAGAUGAAGAUCUUUGCCGAAAGCAGGGUUUGCAGGCUUUCCAAGGUCAGCUAAUUGUCUGUGCCUAGCAAACUGCCCACACAGUUUGAAAUCAAACUGUGCAGCAGGCAGAGUCUCAGCAAACAGGAAUGCUUCACCUGAAAUAAUGGUGGCAUCAGGUGACUGUCAGGUGGGCAGCUUCAUUCUCCUGUCAAAAUGGCUCAUGGGGUUUGCAGAAGAUCUGGUUCCAGCCCACUGACCUGAUCCAGUUCUCUAUGCUUGCUCCAAAGACCGCUGUUGAAUCUAAUUGCCAAAUCCAGGAGGGUGAUUGUCACACCUCUGGGCUGCUGACAUCCAGGGUUUUCUUUCUCUCCUCCUUUCAGAUCCAGAUGCGAUAACUUCUAUUUACUGUUUCUAGGUGGUUUUAGUAUGUAAUCUGUCCCCUGUUGUGUCACCACCAACAUUCUAUAAAAGCAAGAAGGAAGCCCAAGCUAAGCGCAGUUUGCAAUUUAUUUGGCUCAAAGUCAAGUUCUGUUCUUUGCUAGUAUUAGUCCAAAACUCAUCCAGGUGCACCGAGCUUCUGUGCAACACCUUGGCAGUGUGUGACCGGCCACAUAACUCAGAAGAUGUAGUAUAUACUUAGAAAUCCAGGCAAAAUCUAACUCUUAAGUAAAUUAUCAAGUUUAAUAAAAGAAAACUGAAAUAUCGACAGAGAAUUUGUAGCAUUAAAGGAAGGAAGCACAUGCACACUGACAGAUGGAUAGGCAUUGCUGAGAUACAACAGGGUCAGCAUGGCAUGGAAAGUACAUUGGAAUUGCAAGAGGUUGUCUUUUUAGGGUGCAAAACUAAGUUCCCUGGGAGGGUGUUCCAGGAACAGUAGGGUAUAGUGGAGCUCUCUGCAGCUGGAGAGGGAGGUGCCUUGCUGUGGCGGCAUUGCUCUUCUGCAACCACCAGUGCUCCAGCGGUAGAUAUGCCCCAGUUUGCCUUCAGAUUUAUACCGCUGGGAGGAAAAACGGGUGGAGCAGUGCAGGAUGGCAGAAGAAAACUCUGACCCCCGCCACCUUCUGGCAUGAGCCCAGAGAGUUCUGAAUUUAGUGGUUCUUGCACCACAAAUUCAUCCCUUCCUUGCCCCAUUGGAUUGUUCUGCCCAAGCCCAAAAUACUCUGCCUGCAAAUUGUCUGUUCCUGACCUGUAGUCGUUUCAUGGAUGCAGAAUGAAUGUGGUCUCGCUGGAAACAGCAGCAAGUUGAAAGGGGCAGUCCAGAAACUUAGUAAGAUACUUUCUCAAUUUAAAAAAAUAAUAAUCUCAAAAACUAGAAAGAGGGACUGGGUGGCAUAUUUUAUAGUGAAUGCCAGUCAUUUCCCCCCUCGGGGACUGUAAUGUAGAUUCCAGAUUUAAAUUCUCGAGGUACAAGCUUUGUCACAAGCAAGUUAGCAGGGAAAUGUCUGUUUAGUUCCAAUUAGUUGGAAUGUUUCGAUUGUGAACUUGGAUGUACCCUUUAUCACAUGGCGGUGAUAAAGACAUUGAGAGGCAACCUACGCAAUGGCAGGAAGACACCAUCGUCAUUCAGUAGAAACCAACAUUCUUCAAUGGGGGUGUGCCUUCUUCUUGCCCACUGAGUGUCAGAAUAUGGCUGUCUGUUGCUCUAGGGGCAAAACGAAACUUGCCAUGGAAGAUGCCUGAAAGCAUUUCCCGACAUUAUUUGUGUGCUGUUUUAAUUUUGGUCAUUGUGGGUAAGCAGAGCUGUUUAUUUGGAAAGGGGGGUUGGCUAUCAUCUGAGGCAGAGGUCUAGAUGCUUCGCUUCUCAGCUGCUCUGCUUCCAGAAGUACCUGGUCACUUAUGGGCUGAACUCUCUGGUCUGGCAUUGCUACUACUUAAUUCCAUAAAAAGACCAUACUUAACCACCAUUUGAUUGAGGUUGUAGGGGGCGACUUGGUGUGCAUACUCAGACCUGGGUGGGCGAGCUGGGUGGGUCUGACCAACUCAGCUCUGCCACCUUGGGACAUAGUGCAGCACUAAGCCAAACCAGAGAAUCUGGGUCUGUGUGUCACCAUCAUCCAUAGGACUUCCAUCCCAUUUACCAAAAAAACUAUUGAUCUUCAGGUGGGCUUAGAGGAUCUUGCACCUGAUAUUGGGCCAAGGGAGCAUACUGGGGGUAUACCAACCACUUUUCUUCUGCUCAGCAGCCUCCCAGACUGAGUUGGCCAAGGUGAUCUCUAGCACAGUGUUGGAAGCCCUAGAUAACAGAGGCUGCUAUAGAUCUAACUUAGAACUUCAUGGCCUCCACAACCACCAUGGGGCUGUCUCAAAUGGCCUUCGGUCCGACUUACUGCCCUUAAUUUACAGACUUUACCCAGAGUGAUGCAAGGCGUGGCCUGAAGUUGGGGUGUGUACAGGGCAAAUAAUUGUCCUGGUCAGACCACCAUCUGGUAAAGUUUGGACUGGUGAUGGCAGUUCCCCCCUGCAACUGGGAUGGGCCCAUUCGGAGGGUCUGCCCUGAAGUCUGAUGGAAACUGAUGGAUUUCUGAAUGUUCUGGGGAACUUGGCAGCAGAGAAGCCCGAUGAUCUUGUCCAAACCUUGGUUCCUAUUGUGGAACGGUGAGAUGAGACACAGUCACUCCUGAGUGUCCUCUUCGGUCUUGUAGAACCCAGUAUGCUCCCUGGUAUUUGGAGAAGCUGCGGGCUAUGAAACAGGCUGGACAAAGUCUAGAGCUCAAGCGGUUCAGAAGUUCCCUUGAAGGGUCAACCAAACAUUUACUGGACAUCAUUUUGCCUACAAGGCAUUGAAGAAGAUGCAUUUUGUGCCUCAAGCAGCUCACCACUGGAGCUCUUCCAUGCAGUUUGGAACUGCUGACUCGCACUGAAGCCCCUCAAGAACCUGCUUGAGACCAGCUGGCUGCACAUUUUGAUGAUAAAGUUGUUUUAACUCUGCAUUUGUGGCAGGUUCCGAUGGCCAAGCCUCGAUGUGUGGUGGGAUCACCUUCUACUUACAGGUGCUUUCAGCUCUCUGCCCAGCCAUGUUGCCCCCUUGAUCCCUGUUUCUCUUAGCUUACUAACUCUAGCAGUGGAGCUAUGACUGGUUGGAUCCAGAGUGUGGUUAAUGCUUUGCUGCAUGUUGGGGUGGUUCCUGUCACCUUGGAGCAGGCGGUGGUCCAGCCUGUUCUAAAUAAACUAGUACUAGACCCAUUGGUUUGGACAAACUAGCUACCAACUAGCCACAAACACCCCCUAUUUAGGGAAGUUGAUAGAUGGUUAUGGUGGAACAAGUUCAGGCAUUCAUGGAUAAUACAGUCUUACCUUGGUUUUCAAACAGCUUAGUUCUCGAAUGUUUUGGCUCCCAAAAGCCACAAACCCGAAAGUGACUGUUACGGUUUGUGAACUAUUUCUGGGAGCCAAACCUCUGAUGGGGUUUCAGCGGCUUCCGAUUGGCUGCAGGAGCUUUCUACAGCCAAUCAGAAGCCAUGUUUUGGUUUCUGAACAUUUUGGAAGUCGAACGGACUUCGGGAACAGAUUCCAUUCAACUUCCAAUGUACGACCGUACGGACACAUUCAAAUCAGGAUUCAGACUUAGCCAUGGGAACAAAUUGAUCACCCUGAUGGAUGACCUUUAUUGACACUGGGACAAGGGGAGUGUGACCUUGCUCUCUCUCUCUUUUUCUCAAAUUCUCUGUGGCUUUUUGAUACCAUUGUGACCAUGGUAUCCUCCUGGACUGGCUCUGUUGGUUUAUAUUGUGGGCAUUGUGUUACAGUGGUCCUGCUCCCUGCCUCUGAGUGUUCAUUUUAGAGAGUAGCACUAGACGAGGGUCAGCAAAUUUUUUCAGCGGGGGGCCAGUCUAUUGUCCCUCAAAUCUUGUGGGGGGCCGGACUAUAUUUAAAAAUAAAUAAAUAAACAAACAAAUUCCUAUGCCCCACAAAUAACCCAGAGAUGCAUUUUAAAUAAAAGCACACAUUCUACUCAUGUAAAAACAUGCUGAUUCCUGAACCGUCUGUGGGCCGGAUUUAGAAGGCGUCCUGAAAGCCACGGUGUUUUGUUUCCAAUGCUAUUUAAUAUCUAAAUGAAGCACUUGGGAGAGCGGUCAUUAGCAGAUUUAGGGCAAGGUGCCAUCACUGUGCGGAGGACACUCAGCUCUGUUUCCCCAUCACAUCUGACUCAGAAGAGGCUGUGCAGGCCCUGGAUCAGUGCCCGGUUGCAGUGGUGCACUGGAUGAGGAGAAAUAAACAAAGUCUGACUCCGGGCAAGACAGAGCUCUGUGGGUGAGCGGCUGCCAUGUUUGUGAACUUUGCCUGACCUGGACAGGGUUGCAUUCCUUCUGAAGGGGUAGAUAUGCAGAAUCCACCUUUGCCGCUGGAGACACAGGUGGCCUCAGUAGCUAGGAGCAUCUUUUACCAGUUUCAGCUGAACACGACUGCUGCAACCAUAAUUUGGGCACAGGAGUCCAGGUGUUGGUAAUUUCAAGGCUGGACUAGUUCAGAAUGCUGCAGCACGGUUGCUGGCAGGGGUGAGAUCCAACCAGAAAAUUAUACUUCUGCUCAAAGAUCUGCACUGCCUACUGAUUUGUUACUGGGCCAAGUUUGGGGUUUCAUUUUUUAGUAUACGAAGUUCUUAGAAGCUUGGAACCAGUUUACUCAGAAGAAUCGCCUGGCUCCAUAUGGGUUUAUGUUUUUUAUAUAUAUAUAUAUAUAUAUAUAUAUAUAUAUAUAUAUAUAUAUAUAUGUGUGUGUGUGUGUGUGUAUAUAUAUAUAUAUAUAUAUAUACACAUACAUUUUUAUUAGUUUUACAAAUACAGAGUUAUAAACAGAGAAUCAAAAAGUAUAUCCAUAUAAAGACAUUCCCCGAAUCUCAGGACUUCCCUCCAUCCCCUCCAUGGGGUCCCAUUAUAAACAUUUAAUACUGCAUAUUCUUCCAUACUCCAAUUUUUAUAUCAAACCAUAUUGUCCAUGGUAAUUGUUAAACUAAAAGCGAAAUCAAAAUCCUGCUAAUGUUUCCAUCUGCUUACAGUGGUCUCCUAAAUAACUUAUAAUUUUUUCCCAUUCAUUUAUAAAGUUUUUAUCCUCUUGGUUUCUGAGUUUUCCAGUCAGUUUUGCCAUCUUGGCAUAGUCCACGGCAUGGACUAUCGACCAUAUGUGCCUUCUUAACCAUUUUGAUCUGCAGAACUUGCACUUUUCCAAGGGCCCAGAUGGUUGUUUCAAAUUCAUGAGGAGUUGAUAUUUUGGUGUGGCAUCACCAAUAUUUUGGAACUCACUGCCUGUUGACACCCACCCCAUACUGCUGUGUUGUUGUUGUUUAGUCGUUUAGUCGUGUCCGACUCUUCGUGACCCCAUGGACCAGAGCACGCCAGGCACUCCUGUCUUCCACUGCCUCCAGCAGUUUCCUCAAACUCAUGCUGGUAGCUUCAAGAACACUAUCCAACCAUCUCGUCAUCUGUCGUCCCCUUCUUCUUGUGCCCUCCAUCUUUCCCAACAUCAGGGUCUUUUCCAGGGAGUCUUCUCCAUUUCUUCCAUUUCUCUGAUGUAAAUUGCUCACCCCUCCCAAACUACUAAUAUACAAGAAUCUAGGACCCUCGUACCUACGGGACCACCUCUCCUGGUAUGACCUGUGGAGGACCUUAAGGUCCAUAUAUAACAACACUUUGGAGGUCCCAAGCCUCAAGGAGGUUAGAUUGGUCUGAACUAGAGCCAGGGCCUUUUCAGCACUGGCCCCGACUUGGUGGAACACUCUGUCACAAGAGACUAGGGCCCUGCGGGAUUUGACAUCUUUCCGCAGGUCCUGCAAGAUGGAGCUGUUCUCCCCUGGCCUUCGGCUUAGAAUCACUCUGACCCCUUAUAUAGGAUUUGGUAUAUAAAUCUUCGCUUGGCUUUUUUGCUGGCCCAUGUAGGACUAGCAUGGAUAGCUGGCUCGGGUGAAUAUCUGAUGUUUCCUCCCUUUAUGGUCUUGAUCUAUGGGCUACUACUAAAAUGAGGCUGCAUUUUAAACUGUAUUUUAAGCCGUGUUUUAAUUAACAGUUUUUUCCCCCUAUUACGUUUUAUUGUAAUUUAUAUUUGGUGUUAGCCGCCCUGAGCCUGGCCCUGGCUGGGGAGCGCGGGAUAUUAUUAUUAUUAUUAAUAAUAAUAAUAAUAAUAUUUUUUCUUCUACAACUAAUGAUGGUUCCAGGUGGGAGGGGGAAAUUAGCAUCAAGAGAAUUGACAUGGGAAGGGAUUGAAAACCCUCCCUCCCUCCGCUUGCCACAAUCCUAAUCGCCCCUGCAGCUGCUCUCAGCCUGGGUGAUCAAAAGAUGCUGGGAAAUGCAAGCUAUAUCUCGUUUUGCCCUUAGGCAAACAGGGCAAAAUGUAAUUUCCACAAUUACAGUUAACAUUAAUUCAGACACUGAAAUCUGGGUAUCUUAAAGCUGCUGUAUCAUGCGUUAAAGUGAUAAACCUUGGAGUUUCUAUUAAUAACAUUUAUCAAAUUGGAUAUGUUAUUUUAAUUGUUUUUUGAGCUGUGCAAAACGUCAAAUGAAACCUGAAUUAUUUAUAGCACAGAGGCAUAUUUUGUCUGAUCUCAUAUAUAAAAAUCUAUAACCCUUGAGAUUGCCCAUUGCAAGUGUAACAUUUUGGUGAUUAUGCAGUUUGAAGGCGUCUCCGGUCUGUGUCUGAAGGUGCAACUUUUGCUAUGAUGUCUUAACUUUCGUGAAGUCAGCAGCACAAAGCUCAUGGCACUGUUGAUUUUAAUAUUAACGAAUCAAAAAAGAAAAUUGACAAAAUCUUGCUAGAGAAUUAAAAAGUGCCGCGCUACAAUUUGCAUUUUCUGUUAUACGUCAGCGGAUCUUACACAUUUUUCUACUAAAACCCUUACACUGGUUUGCCUGCUUGCCGCAAGCCCCCACAUUUUCUUACCUUAAAGCCACUGUGUGGAAUAGAGCUGGGGGGAGCUGAAGGGCUCUCAGCUCCUCUCCGCUCCAGCCUGCAAAACUGUCAGGCAAAGAUGAUGUGAGCUGUGGUCCCAUCUGUGAGAGGCUCCCAGGUUGAAACUCAACCAUUGCCCUGGUUGUGACUGUUGUAAACAAAAUCUGCCCUUCUUCCCUUAUGGGGUAUCCAAGAGCCCGUACAGAGUCCUUAAGUGGAUUCCCUAUCGGUAAGAGAAAAUAACAGAGGCCAACCAGAGAAUAUUGAGAAGCAAAGCAGCUAGUAAGCCUGAUCUUUAUUAAAGCUGUUGCAACAGGGUGCUCCCCUCACACGCAGGAAAGGAGGAGGACCCAGAACAAAGGUGUGCCUGCCCUUAUAUAGACAUUUUAAAUUCCCUGCCCUGGAGCUCAAGACCACCCCUCCAUACAUCAUACAUACAUCACAGAAGGGGUGUAACCCAAGACCACCCCCCACAAAUAUCAUACCACAGAAAAGCCGGUCUACAACAGAAAUUUGAAUGUUGUUUUUCCUGUCUAUCAGGUUAUCUGAUAAUGCCUUAUCUGAUUGCCUUUCCUGGUAGUCUGGCCAUUCCUUUGAGAUGGUGAUUUCCCAAAUUCCUGAGACAAUGGGAAGGUUCCCUCACCCCCUCCCUCCUUGCAGAGAACACAUUUGGUCAGUUUGGGAGUCAAAAUGGUUUCAGGGCGGUCUUCCUGUUCUGCUCCAGACAUGUGGUCCCCAUAUCUAUGUACGUGCUUGGUUGGUACAUUUAUGAACAUUUAUUAUAUAUAUAAGACUUUAAAUUUUUAUUACAUGACACAAGCAAAGCUGCGAGGAGGGGGGCGGCGGCGAUGUGCAUGUAGUAUUACUUGGAAGUUUUUGCUGAAGAGUCUGCAGCACCUUUUAAAAAAUGCAAACCACCUCUCAGUUUAAAUUUCAGAAUUUAAGCAGAUGAGUAGGUUUCCUUUUCAGCACGUGAGGAACAUUGCAGAGAAUUCCCCCAGCUAGUCAUUGUCAUCAGCAUAAUCAAAUGCUGAACUGGGUGGUCCUGUAUCCUGUAUCUGUCAGUUUGGUAGUGGAACAGGGCCACCUACAGACAGAAUAGUUUCUGCCUGCUUCCGCAAUAGACUCCCCAGGUAGCAGCUCAAGGAGGACUGAGCUUGCGUAGUAGCCUCCAUCAAUGCUGAGGGUGUCAGCUGGGGAAAUGAAAAGGUGUGGAGAAGCAGUUGAGGCCCUAACCGAGAGGUAAAGGUAAAGGGACCCCUGACCGUUAGGUCCAGUCGUGGAUGACUCUGAGGUUGCAGCGCUCAUUUCGCUCUAUAGGCCAAGGGAGCCGGCGUACAACUUCCGGGUCAUGUGGCCAGCAGGACUAAGCCGCUUCUGGCGAAGCACACGGAAACGCUGUUUACCUUCCCGCCAGAGCGGUACCUAUUUAUCUACUUGCACUUUGACGUGCUUUCGAACUGCUAGGUUGGCAGGAGCAGGGACCGAGCAACGGGAGCUCACCCUAUUGCGGGGAUUCGAACCGCCAACCUUCUGAUCGGCAAGUCCUAGGCUCUGUGGUUUAACCCACAGUGCCGCCCGCAUGGCUAACCUUUUUUGGGGGGCCCUACAAGGACUGCAUGGCAACAUGCACAGAUGAGGGUCAUUACCAAUGUGGUUAACAAGCACACACCAACCAUAUGGUUCAGCACACACAAGCUAGCGCCAGAUUUACGUAUAAUCUAAACAAGCUCUAGCUUAGGGUCCCAUUCUCUUGGGGGCCCCCAAAAAAUUUAAAGGGGGGGGGACUGGAUGCACAUUUCCAAAAUAUAAGAUUUAAAAAAAACAAAUAAAAUAAAACCUACAUAAAGCAACAGCGUUUUGUGUUGUGUAGGCUCCUAUGAUGUAAGUACAGUGGUACCUCAGAUUACAGACACCUUGGGUUACAGACGCUUCAGGUUACAAACUCCGCUCACCCAGAAGUAGUACCUCGGGUUGAGAACUUUGCCCCAGGAUGAGAAUGGAAAUCGUGCGGCAGCGGCGCGGCGGCAGCAGGAGGCCCCAUUAGCGAAAGCGCACCUCAGGUUAAGAACGGUUUUGGGUUAAGAACAGACCUCCGGAACGAAUUAAAUUCAUAACCCGAGGUACCACAGUAAUGGGCCCCGCCUGCUAGCCUGCUCCCUAAAAUGUCACUGGUUUGCUCAUUUCUAUAUAUAGGGUGCCUACAUUCUGCAUGGACUGGGUUCAUGGCAACAUGUGCAAAUGGCUUUAGAUACCUAUUAGGUCCAUAAAUUACCAUAUAGCAUAUAUUCAACACAAAAAACAGUGGCAAUUUGUUGUUGAGAAAGGACAGCUGGACAUAUAAAGGGCCCAUUACCUUCAGUACCUGAGAGCCUUGUCAAACCUAAAUCCGGUCCUGCAUACAACACACAUGCUAUCACACAUACAUACAGAAACACAGAUCACCCUCCCCAUUUUACACACAGAUACCUCCCCAGCAUAGUGCUGCGCUUUAAGCCUCAGCAAGCUCACUGCUGCGGUGCGGACAUUUCCCCGUUGCAACUUUGGGCUGGGUAGAGUGGGUUAAACCUCUCAUCCUAGCCCAGUGUUUUGAUUGGGGUGGGGGUUCCAGUGGGGGGGCUGGUGAGUCACUUCAAAGGGCUGCCCAGUUUGAUCUGGCUUGUGGGUUCACUUUAUCUGCCCUGAUGGUUCAUAGCAACCUGGAAGUGGAGAUUAAAGUCAGCGCAUGCAUGCAAUGAGGUUUAGAAAAACAAGCAUGAUUCCCUUAAUAAUUAUUUUAUUGUUUAUACCCUGCCCAUCUUGCUGGGUUUCCCCAGACACUCUGGGUGGCUUUUUAUUAUAUUAAAAACAUAAUAAAAACAUCAAGCAUUAAAAACAUCCCGAUACAGGGCUGCCUCCAGAUGUCUUCUAAAAGUCAGAUAGUUGUUUAUUUCCUUGACAUCUGAUGGGAGGGCAUUCCACAGGGCAGGCGCCACCACCGAGAAGGCCCUCUGCCUGGUUCCCUGUGACUUCGCUUCUUGCAGCGAGGAAACCAGCAGAAGGCCCUCGGAAGAGGACCUCACUGUCCGGACUGAACGAUGGCGGUGGGGACACUCCUUCAGGUAUACUGGGACGAGGCCAUUUAAGUGACCAAGGAAAUAAUGAGCCGUUCCUCACACACACCCUGGAACCUCUGCAUAAUCUCUGAACAGGUGGGAGGUCUAAACAGCAGCAGCCCAGAGACCCAACACAUUUUCUUUGAGUCCCCGCUUGUUUCUCUAUUAGGGCCUUCUGGAUUAGGGACUGUUAAUCAAGAACUGCUGCCUUGCUGAAAUUAAAUGAGGCCCCCUCCAAUCAGUAGCUUGAUUUUUAGUAGUGCUUUUGUUUAAUGUUAAUUUGUUGUCUAGUGCUCCUGUUAGCCCAAAACAGGAUUCUGGGACUAGUUUCCAGAUCACUCUCAUUCUAAUAGCCGAUGGAAAGGUUGCUACUUUGGCAUAGGCUAGAGCUGAAACCAGUUUGUUUUAAAAUACUCCUUUGAGAGUUUAUUAACAAAUGCUGACCAUGGUCAUGUUUCUGACACCCAGUUACAUAAUGAUGUGAGGCCCUCCUACUAGGGCUCUGGGACCUGAGUUUGUAGGUAUUCUUAGUUGUUGAGGAUGGUUGUGUCAUUGGCUGAAACAUAAGGUGUGUUAAAGUGCCCUCCUGGAUUCGCCUAUAGGGUGCAGUGCCCCUAGACCAGGAGCUUCCCAAACUUGCAUCUUCAGCUGUUUUUGGACUACAGUUCUCAUCAUCCCUGACCACUGGUGCUGAUAGGGAUGAUGGGAGUUGUAGUCCAAAAGCAGCUGGAGAGAGACCCAAGUUUGGGAAGCUCUGCUCUAGACCAUUAGUUUCCACAUCCGACUAAAGUGGAUGAAAAGAAGCAAUGAAAAAAUUGUAUGCUGCCCCAAGACCAAACUACAGACAGGGUGUGGGAGAGCCAAUCUCCAAAUAUUUUUGCUUUUCCUAAAAUGCUGUUAUGCAUCGGAACACAGGAAGCUGUCUUCUACCAAGUCAGGGCUUAUCCACACUUAACCUUUUGCCCCACAAUUUCUAGGGGCUUUCUUUGCAAAAACCUGCUCUUUACUGCUGAAUCAGAGCAAACAAUGAUUCAGGUUUUCCAUGGAAUGCCAUUUGUUCUGAUUCAGCAGUAAAGAGCGAGUUUUCGUGGGGAAAGCAUGGGGGGGGAACAAAGUGCUUGAACCUUUGCCUAGAAAGCGUGGGGCAAAAGGAAGUCUAAAUGAGCUCCCAGACUACUGGUCCAGCUAUUCAGUAGUGUCAGCACUGAUCGUCAGUAGCUUUCCAAGCUUUUAGGCAGAGGUCUCCCAGCCCUAUACAGAGGUGUCAGAGACUGAAACUGCAAAUGAGGUGCUGUACCAUGGUGCUAUAGGCCUUUCCCAUCUAUGCACACGGUACUUGUGUGAAUUUGAUUGGACAACAUUAUAUAAUAGACAGGCACCAUAUCUGUUGUAUUUUCGGUGGCCUGCUUAAAGACUCUCCUCAUCCAACGAGACUUUUAAAGUGCAGAUCCUAUCCAGUUUCUGUACUGGAAUAGUUCUUAAGAUGCUUUAAUUGUUUAAUCCCUUGUGUGUUUGUCACCCUAAGCUCCUUUGAGAGGAAGGACAGGGUGUAAGAUUAAUAAAUAUGUAAAUACAAUAAAGAAACCAUGGGUGGGGGAGAAAAGUGUUUAACUUGUGGACCAUUUUUCUGAUCAAAAUUUGCUCCCACCAAGCUGCUUCCUCACCUGCAGGAUAUAGAUUUCGGAUCCCUGUAUCUUCUCCCCUGCUUGAGAAAAACACAAGUGUGUGAGGGUCAGUUUGGGGAGGGGAAAGGGUUAGGCACGACUUUCCCCUAUCUCUGCUGUGGUCAAAUUUGCCACCCCCACAUCUGUUUUUCAAUAAGGAACCAAAAACCCCAAACCAUCUGGAGAUGGUCCACAGCUCUCCUGCAUCAUGUCUUUUGUGGCCCCCAAAAUAACUCGAUAGGCCACACUUUGUAUUCUGAGCAACGCAGGCAGGAGCUGAAGGAGUGAGGGGCACAAAAUGAUAUACUGCAGCAUUCACAGGAUAGUUCUGAACCCACUGAAACAACCCUUAUAUUCCAAUUUUAACCUUUAUAUUCAGACGUUAAAAUUGCAUCAGACUUGAAGAGCUUUAAGCUUUUGUUUCAGCUCUUUUGAAAAUGCUACCUUUGCGUUAAUUAUUCCCUCCCCCUUUGGUUUGAAAGAAACCUCCCUUCUCCAUUUCUGCGUCUCUUCCUUCCUUCCUUGGCAGCUCCUCCACUGUAACCUCUUUCCCUUCUUCCCCACCAGGGCAGAGCUUAGGCUACGGCUUUGUCAAUUAUGUUGACUCCAACGAUGCUGAUAAAGCAAUCAACACGUUGAAUGGGCUCAAACUACAGACAAAAACAAUCAAGGUGAGGAGGGUUGGGGUGGGCGGGCAAGCUGCCCUCAAGGUGCCUUCAUGAAAGGAAGGCCGGAAUGCAUAUCUGAGUUCAGAGGGGCACGGACCCUCUUUCCUUUCAGUUGUGUUUCACUGCCAGGGACUGUGCUGAGGAGGAAUGGUGGGAGCCUCCUCCCCCCAAAGCUCCUGCUCAGGAUCCUGAAUCUUCCCAGCAGCCAUGGGACAGUAUAGAUUUGGAACAAUGGUUUGCAGAGGGGCAUAGUUCAAAAGGCAGAAGUUGGGAAGAACUGGGUGAUGAACAGCUAGGACAGCCUUUCUCAACCUGUGGGUCCCCAGAUGUUGUUGAACUACAACUCCCAUCACCCCUAGCUAGCAAGGCCAGAGCUCAGGGAUGAUGGGAGUUGUAGUCCAACAACAUCUGGGGACCCACAGGUUGAGAACCACUGAGCUAGGAGAAGAAGAACUGGGAGAGAGAGAGAGUUAACAGACUUUCUUUCACUGGAAAGCACGCAUCUGCUCAGCCCAAGGUCAAGGAGAACAGAUAAGGUGGCUGCUCAGAAAGCACAGUGGUUUUGAGAUCAGGUUGCAAGGCGCAGAAGUGACUAGGGAGAAAGUGGGUGGAACCCUUAAUUGGGAGCACUUUCAUUCCGAGGAAUGGAUUCUUUGUUCUUUCGCUAUGAUCAGUAAAAAUUCUAACUGGUAAGAGACUCCUUUCACUUUGUUCUGUUUAUCUACUGACCGGGGUGGGGUGGGGGGAGCCGAGUCCCUGACAUUCACCCACUCAGGGCUUUCAGCACAGAAUAUGGGGUCAUCCAGACAUCCUUUUUGUUGUUGUUCCAGGCAUUUUCCCCGGGAGAACUCACAUUUUACCACUGAAUCGGGGCAAACGGCAAACGGGUGUUUUUUUUUGCAGAUUGACGUUUGCAGUAAGACAUUGGUGUUCCCAAGGGAAACGCUGGGACAAACAAACUGCUCGGACACAGAGCUUUAAAACCUGGACCUGUGCCUAGAAAAGUGACAUGAAAGGAUGUCUGGAUGAGCCCUAAGCUAUACAUCUAAUCAGGGUUUCCCAUACUUGAGUCUCCAGCUCUUUUUGGACUAUAACUCCCAUUAUCCCUAGCUAUCAGCACCUGUGGUCAGGGAUGAUGGGAACUGUAGUUUGAAAACAACUGGAAACCUAAGUUUGGGGAAACCCUGAUCUCAACAAAUCUGUGCAAAUGAUGGAAGGAGGCCAGAGUCUAUGAAGGGGUGUAAAGGCAGAGUCUGGGUAGCAAUAUUGUUAGUAUUGUUAAUUAUUAUUGUUAAAGGUAAAGGUACCCCUGACCGUUAGGUCCAGUAGCGGACGACUCUGGGGUUGCGGCGCUCAUCUCGCUCUAUAGGCCGAGGGAGCCGGCGUUUGUCCACAGACAGCUCCUGGGUCAUGUGGCCAGCAUGACUAAGCCGCUUCUGGCGAACCAGAGCAGCGCACGGAAAUGCUGUUUACCUUCCCGCUGGAGUGGUACCUAUUUAUCUACUUGCACUUUGACGUGCUUUCGAACUGCUAUGUUGGCAGGAGCAGGGACCGAACAACAGGAGCUCUCCCCCGUCACGGGGAUUCGAACCGCCGACCUUCUGAUCGGCAAGCCCUAGGCUCUGUGGUUUAGACCACAGUGCCACCCGCGUCCCUCUUAUUAUUAUUACCACACAGUUAAUAUGCAUGGCACUGUGAAAAGAGAGGUUCCUGUCUCAGGUUGCUUACAGAGGAAGAGGAUGGGAGAUGGAUGUGAAGGUAGGCAGGGGAGGAAUAAAGGGGGAAUCCUUGGCUCCCCUGGAAGAAAGUGGCAGCUGCUGGGGUUGAAGUGGGAGGUGGAAACAGAAAGCUCUUUCUUGAGAGUGUUUGUAAUUCUGCCAUCUCUGCCACCAGGUGUCCUACGCCCGGCCUAGCUCAGCCUCCAUCCGUGAUGCCAAUCUCUAUGUGAGCGGCCUACCCAAGACGAUGAGCCAGAAAGAGAUGGAGCAGCUGUUCUCGCAGUAUGGGCGCAUCAUCACCUCCCGCAUCCUUGUCGAUCAGGUCACAGGUAUUAAGAAGCGCAUAAGUACCCUGCCACCAGCGCCACUGGUGGAAAAAGAUUGCCAAAGGGACUUGAGCAGAGUGAGGAGAGGAUUUAUCAUAGUCCUGGGGGUCCUUCAAACGGAGCAGGAAGGGUUGUGCCUGAUGUGCCUAUAAUGCUAUCAUUGUAGGACAUCAUGUGCCUUUGCAUGGGCUUGCGCUCUGAUUUGCGUAUCCUUUCUAUCGCACUUGGUACAUGGGCUCAGGCCUUGUCCACACAGGCAAACAAAGGUUGAUUCUCAUGUUGAGGAUCAGUGGAGUUUCACCCGGAUUCUGCAAAUACCCAGAAACACUCUUGUCUAUACAGUGGAACUUUGGUUCUCGAACUUAAUCUCUUCCAGGAGUCCGUUCGACUCCCGAAACCAUUCGAAAACCAAGGCGUGGCUUCUGAUUGGCUGCAGGAGCUUCCUGCACUCAAGUGGAAGCCGCGUCGGACGUAUGGCUUCCGAAAACCAGAACACAUACUUCUGGGUUUUUGGAAUUUGGGAGCCGAUUUGUUCGUCAACUAAGCCGUUCGAGAACCAAGGUUCCAUUGUAUUACCACUUUGCAUUUCCCAGGGCUAAAUUAAUUGUAAUCUGGGGCCUGGAUUGAGCCUGGACACUUAUUUUCCGUAUUCCUCGGUGCCUCGAAUUCUGUGAUAAUGUCACAGGUAGCAAGAAUGGCUUGUACUGAAGGGUUUUGUGCAUGGCAUUUUUGCACGUAACACUAAAAAAUGGAAAGUGUGAGUGCAGUCAUGAAAGAAGGGGGGGGGUUAAAAGCUCACGUGUGUUACAGAUGCGCUCAGCGGGGAGCCAAAAUUGGCUGCAGUUUCUUGUUGAGUGUACACACAGCAACAAAUCUGGGUGUCCUUAUUUUCCAAUGUGUGGAAUGGGACACAUGCCCGUACAGUUGCGUGUUCCUCUCAAAAAAUCAAUAUGUGCCAGUCUUAAAAUGAGAAAAGAGUACACUAUUACCCCUCCAUAGCGUUUGUCUCCAUUAUAGCAAGGUGGGAGGAUGGGAGGUGUAUAUGGAAUUGGCCUUCCAAGCACAGAUGGAAACCCAAGGACAUGUGCUAACAACAACAACAGCAGCAGCAACAACAACAACAAUGUAUUUUUCGUUCCAUAAGACACAUUUUUUCCCUCCUAAAAAGGGGAAAUGUGUGUGCGUCUUAUGGAGUGAAUGCAGGCAGGAGGCAGGCGGGAAAAGCCCCCAAGAGCUGCACACAGGCUCCGCGUGCUCUUUAAAGGAAGCGCGGCUCUUCCUGGCUUUUCCGCAAGGUGGGGGAAGAGACUGAGGGGCUGCCCUCUGUCCCUUCCCCCACCUCCCGCAAAAGCCAGCAGGAGCUGCGUGCUCUUUAAAGAGCCGCGCCUAGCGUGUGUGCAGCUCUUGGGGGCUUUUCCUCCUUGGGGGAAAGCUCCCAAGAGCUGCAAACAUGCUCCACGUGGCUUGUGAAAGGGAGCGCUGAGCAGGGCCUGGGAUGCAUACAGGCUCUGCUCAGCGCUCCCUUUAAAGAAUAUAUUUUUCUUGCAUUUCCCCUCUAAAAACUAGGUCCGUCUUAUGAUCAGGUGCGUCUUAUGGAGCCAAAAAUACAGUAAUAAUAAUUAUUUAUACCCCGUCCAUCUGUGGGUUUCCCCAGCUACUCUGGGCGGCUCCCAACCAAAUAUUAAAAACACAAUACAGCGUUAAACAUUAAAAACUUCCCUAAACAGGGCUGCCUUCUGUCGCCAGAUGUGGCAAGGACCACUAGCUUUAAAAGAUGGCUUUAAAAGGGGGAUUGGAAAAAGUCUACCAAAAACUGUUAGUUGUGACUCUAAUACAAGUUGCUGUGGUAGAGACAACAGUAGAGAGCUGUUGCCUUCAAGCCUUCUUUGUGUACUUCCUGGAAGCACUUGGAGGCUAGUUUUGAAAGCAGGAUAUUGGGCUAGAUAGAUCUGCUUCAUCAGCAGAAUCCUUACAAGUUCUUACAAAGCAGCCAUACACAGAUGGAGCAGGUUUUAAAAAAGAGGACACAUUAGGAUCCUCCUCUGAAGUAAGUACAGGCAUAGGCUGCACAGACUGUCUUUUAGAGUGAUUAUGGCAUGCAUACAUUUUUUUAAAAAAUAGAAAUACUGUCCAUUAUCCUGUAGGGGAGAAAUGUGAUUCUGUGUGGGUUCUCACAGCCCAUCUCACCACUGGCAGGAAGUAACCUUUUAUUUGGAGAAUAUACCUGGGGCAGGGACAACCCCUUUAUCCCCAGUUCCACCUCUUGUGGUAGGAUGUUUUUGGCGACUGCUCUAGGCACAGCAAAAGAGAAGAGGCGGGAAUGCCAUAUUGGAAGGCAUUUUUUCCUUUGUUUGCUUCUUGAUCCUCUUCCUGCUCCAUUCCGCCACUCCUGCCGGGUUUUCCUUUUCUCCCGGCUCCAACCACUUCAUUGGAGAUGCGAUAGGAGACAUUCCUAGUAGACCUGGGCCCAGAGGAUCAUCCAUAGUGGGGAGCUCGCCAAGAGGAAAAUCAAGAGUGUGAUUGCUAUGUAACUAGGGAAGGGAAAUGGGGAGGAGAGACUCUCCUGUUACCCCAAGUAUGUGGAGGUACAAAUAAUGUGAAAUUCUGUAAGAAUUACAUCUGCUUUUCCCCAAUUCUAAAGCACUUAGGGCACCCUUGCUUGGAAUCAGCACCUUUCUAACUCUUUGCAAGCUCAAACUGUGCCACAUUUCUGGUAAACUCUCCAUCCCAGUAGGGCUUAUUUCUCCAGCUCUUUGUCCCAUCUUUUCCAUGAUGCCGCUGUGUGUCUGGGAGUGCAGAGCUCAACCCUAGAACAUGUCCAGCAAUAAGUAAGAAAUCACGGCUUUCUACAUAUGUCAGGUGCUCCUGCUCCACUGAGUAGCUACACCGAUCCAUACUACUUAUGGGAAGGACUUCAGGCUGAGACUGUGUGGGUGCCAGGCCCCAUAUCACCUCUUAGAAGCACUUGCAUUCUCCUCAUUUGUUUGUUUGGAAGGUUUCAAAAAAUCCCUUGCCAUAACAGAUUCUGUUCCUGUAAUAAGAAAACACCAGAUACAAUACACCACAUAAUUUUGGACUGUCCUUUUCUUGACACCCUUCGCAGAGAUCUCCUAGUGACUCCCACACAGCUCAAAAUAUUGACUUGCAAGGAGUCUAUAAUCCAAUAUUUGUUGGGGGAUGAUACUUCUGAAACUACCAAGAUUAUUUUGGGGUACUUAGCUGAGAUAUUUAAAGAUUAAUCUAGAGUCUGAUUUAUCCAAUGGUGGCUAUCCAGUCUUUUAUAUAUUGUAUGUGUUUCAAACAUCCAGGGACACUAAAAAGGAAAAUUAAACAGAUGUUACAAAGAAUGCAAGGUGCUAGGGAAAAAAAUGCAAGAAGUGUCUGUCUUCAGAUGAGCAAUAUAGUCAAACCUCAGUUCCCAAACAGCUCUCUUUUGGAACAUUUCGGCUCCCGAACGCCAAAAACCCAGAACGAAAUGCUCCGGUUUUCGAACGUUUUUUGGAAGCUGAAUGUCUGACGCGGCUUCCGGUUGAGUGCAGGAAGCUCUUGCAACCAAUUGGAAGCCGCGGCUCGGUUGUCGAACAUUUUGGAAGCCAAACGGGCUUCCGGAAUGGAUUACAUUCGACAACCGAGGGUUGACUGUACCAUACUGUAGCCCCGCAUUAUCAACAAAGCAGGUGCCCUCACCAGCAUUCAUACGACACCCAUGCCAUUCUGACUCCUGCUCUUCCAGGUGUCUCUAGAGGAGUCGGUUUCAUCCGCUUCGACAAGAGGAUAGAAGCUGAGGAGGCCAUCAAGGGGCUGAACGGGCAGAAGCCCCUGGGCGCCAGCGAACCCAUCACAGUCAAGUUUGCCAACAACCCCAGCCAGAAGACAGGACAAGCUUUGCUCACGCAUCUGUACCAGACCACAGCUCGGCGGUACACGGGACCUUUGCACCACCAGACUCAGCGAUUCAGGUGAGACACCUUCCCCUCUCCUCUGCUGGAGGGCUGAGAGUUCAGGUUGUUCUUCUCCUCACCCGGUCCCUGGCAGCUCCUGCCCUAUGCUUGGGGGAAACCUAGGACUCAGAUACCCAGCCUCAUCAUUUGCCUGUCUGUUAGAGCUGAGUGUCCACAGGUGUGGCUAGUCUCUAAGUAAACACAAGGCGAAGAUGUGCGGUUGAAUCCUCUGCCACCUUCCAGUGUCCCUUUAGCACAAUCUCACUGGCUGUUCCUUAAGAGAUUGCCUUCUGUAAAGCUGACCCGUUGGGCUUGGGCUUUGUUCUGGUACUGCUCUGUGCACUUCCUUAAUAUACUGUGGAUCAGGGCACCUUGGGGGGCUCCUGGAUUUCCUCCUGGACUCCCUCCUUCUCUUGAGCCCAUGCCUUACAUUUGGGUCUUAAUAACGAGGCAGACAGGAACAGUACCAUUCAGUGGCUACCUCAUGCUGAAUUCUUCAAGGCAGGAAGGGACCAAGUCAUGAGUAUCUUUCAGGUUGUUGCUAUGCUGAAUUGGAAAAGAUUACAGGGCAUCUGGUCUACCAGAUGGUUAGAGGCGGUCUGUGUGCUCCAGUGAUGCUCACCUGAAAACUGCUAGGAUUAGUGGUGGUGAGGCCAGGCACUUCCACUGUGAGUGGGCCUCUUAGUGCCUAGCUGCAUUUUCCCCUAGUAGUUUUAGCAGCAGCUGACCCUGCCGCUCCACUCCAGAAACAGCCACAUCUCAGUAUUCAGUAAAGGGACGGUUGUCUAUAUAGCUUGAGGUUCUGCUGGAUCUAGAGGGCAGCCACAUUUCCAUCAGGUGUAAACAGAGGAAAUGCCAUCUUCCUAAGUACCAAUGUGUGCCAUUUACCAGUUGUAUUGUGUUCCUCAGGGCAAGGUUGGGACAGAUGAGCGUCCAGAUUCCUUUUGUGUGGGGCAGGUCCUGUAAGAAACAGGAAAUUCUUUUUGUACAUUGUUUUGGGAAUCGUGAUCCAUGAAUUCUCAUAUACAGUGGUACCUCGGGUUAAGUACUUGAUUCGUUCUGGAGGUCCGUUCUAUACCUGAAACUGUUCUUAACCUGAAGCACCACUUUAGCUAAUGGGGCCUCCUGCUGCCGCUGUGCCACCGGAGCACAAUUUCUGUUCUCAUCCUGAAGCAAAGUUCUUAACCCGAGGUACUAUUUCUGGGUUAGCAGAGUCUGUAACCUGAAGCAUAUGUAACCCGAGGUACCACUGUACCCCAUUUCCUUUUUUUCAAUUUGUAGGUAAGAUGGGGAGGGACAGAUUAUGAGGGCCACCUGAAGGUCUGCAGUAAUCCCUAAGCAGCCCCUUAGCCCGUUUGGAUUUGAAAAGUCUAAGGCAAACUGAAAUAAAGCCUCAAGGCUGUUAACCCCGCACUCCCCGUCAUUUGGCGUCGAAUGCCUGGUUGCAUCUGAACUCCAGAUCUGCAUCACAUGUAUGUUUUCUCCCACGUUUUUCAUGAAUUUUUUUUUUUGUUAUCUCCUGCUUUACAUGUGAUAUUUUUCCCACAUGGCAUCGAGAAACACCCUGUGUACACCUGCUGGGUGUGAAGAUGGUGCAUACGUCUGCUUUCGAUGUGACUUUGAUGUGUGGCAGCGUGCAUGGAUUAACACAGAUUUAUCUUCAUGCCCAAACAGGAAAAAGAAUCAUGUGUGAGAGAACUGUUCACUUCUUUUUCAAAGUGACGUUAUUUGAGACUCAUUAUGUGGUACCUACUCAUCACAUAUUUAUUCAGCUUCAUACUGUCCCCAAAUCUCUGAAGUUGUUUAUCUUCCUAACGCUCUAGGAUGGCUGGUAGUCCCAGCUAACAGCUUGAGAGCUGAGAGGGAAACUGGGAGGGAAACUGAGAUACGAAAGCUAGGAGCUAAAUGGCACCUUAAACCUAGGUUAUGGGCACACAACGGAAUGUCUAGGCGGGCUUUUUUAUAACGAGAAUACAAAGCUGAAAUUGAAUGAACUGCAGCUAAAAUAUUAUGUUCACUUUUCCCAUGGUAUAGUCCUUUCCCUGAUCACCUUCCCCUAAUAUUCUUAAAAGAGGGUCUCUUCUCCAGUCUUCGGAGAGUAGCUGGAAGUGGGGAGGCAGAAAAAGGUCCUCCUUACCUUCCACACUGUGUUUUUAAUCUGAAAUCUUAGGCGCAGUACUGCGCCCAGAGCUCAGAAACUACUCGCGCUAAUGAAAUCCCCUGUCGCAAAACGCGCCUAGAACAAUGGGAGUUUCAAACACUGGGAUUGCCCAGGCUUUGAUAACACAGGGAAGUUCAUAGUUGAGGUGGAACUUAACCUGGGUCUUGAGCUCUUCAUGUUGCCCACCAAGCAGUAGAAGUUGUGUUGUGCAUCUCAUGCUAAAUAGCAAGAUUAGAGCACUCGCUGCAGGAAGUGGCUGCGUUUUUAAAGGAAUUGAGCCUGCUGCAUCCAACUGGCAAAGGUGGGGAAAGAGCAGUGGCAAAGAGAAAUGCAGAGAGGCUUGUAUUAGGCGGUGGUGCUCAUCAUUAGAUUAAUGUUAAUAUUUGCCUGCAAGAGGCGAUCUAUUUUAUCAUUCAGGUUCUGUGGAGAAAGGUAUAGAAUGCGAAGGUGCUUAAGGACAAACAUAUCUGCCUCUAGUUCAGUGCACCCAUGAGACAACAAGCUUCUCUUUCACAUUUGCAAGUGUCUUUUUUAGGUAGUCAUUAGAGAGAUCCAGAACAUCACCUCCUUGCCCAUGCAACAGCGUUAGAAAUUCCUUAUUGCUCAGACUUAAAGAUGACUGCAGAAACUGAACGUUUGCUUUCACUUGCUUGCUGCUCCGUAAGAGGAUAAAGACAUUUUUAGAAAUUAUCUGUUUUACAAAGUCAUCAUGAUGGGUUUGGGCAUAGGCUGUGCAUAUUUGACCUAGGAUGUGGGUGGCACUGUGGUCUAAACCACUGAGCCUCUUGGGCUUGCCGAUCAGAAGGUCACCGGUUCGAAUCCCCCGAUGGGAUGAGCUCCCGUUGCUCUUGCCAACCUAGCAGUUUGAAAGCAAGUAGAUAAAUAGGUACCGCUCCAGCGGGAAGGUAAACGGCGUUUCCAUGCGCUGCUCUGGUUUUGGUGUUCCGUUGUGCCAGAAGCGGCUUAGUCAUGCUGGCCACAUGACCCGGAAAAACUGCGGACAAACACCAGCUCCCUCAGCCUGUAAAGCGAGAUGAAUGCCGCAACCCCAGAAACAUCUACGACUGGAAUUAACUGUCAGGGGUCUUCUACUUUUUCUCUUCUUCUUUUUUUGACCCUGUAGGAAAGGUGGUUUGGAUACUAGAAUCAUACCAGGGCUUGUGGAGGAAGUUUGUGGUAGAGCGAGUGAGCAGCUGUGCCCUUUGGACUUAAAAACAUUUUGAGUGCAGCAGGGAACAGAGAUUUAUCUAGCCUUGCCUCCCCAGAGGACUGUUAUGGGUGUUUCCUUCGUUUCUUGGAGAAGGAAAUUGCUGCGAUUGGGAGGUAGACUUCCUGAACUAUUCUGUUGCCCGUCUCUGUGAGGCUGAACCGGUAAUAAUCUCCUGUUGCUCCCUUAUCAUCUGAGCAGAAGACAUUUCUGUUGCACUCAUGUGCCUCUCUGUCACCUUGAAGGGUUGCUUCGAAACCAAAAAGGCCAUAGGUUUAGAUAUAUCGAUAUUGUAACCGGAGCCUAGAAACAAUGGAUUUUAAAAUCUAUAUAUAGAGAGGUUAGUUGCCACUUUGGUGUCGGAGAACAGGAAACUGAGUAUUUUGAACAGUAUCUUGCACCAUCCUACCUUCUGUUGCCUCUCCACAUUCCAUGUCCUUCAGGUUGUGGGCGAGUUCUUCAUAUUUAUUUCCUCCACCCACCCACCUUGGCCAUACUCUGUGUCCACUGCUAGCUGGGAUGGGAGCCCAAAGGAUUCUGGGCUGUGUCUGAGAAGAACCGACUUGGAGCAGAGGGUACACCUGUGUAUUGCACUGAAUGUGCCUAGCCCCAACAACACCCCCCCUGCUGUUUUGCACAGGCAUCAAUGGCAACUUCUCUUCCUGGAGCAAAUAGCACCUUUGCAGCAGGGAGGGAUUUUUUUUUUGUCAGGAUAGUGGAAGUGGGGCUGGGUUAACCAUGCACACACAAACACGCAUGCUAUGCCAUACUACGGGUUAUAUGACAGUUUUACGUACAGUGGUACCUUGGGUUAAGUACUUAAUUCGUUCUGGAGGUCUGUUCUUAACCUGAAACUGUUCUUAACCUGAAACACCACUUUAGCUAAUGGGGCUUCCUGCACGAUUUCUGUUCUCAUCCUGAAGCAAAGUUCUUAACCCGAGGUACUAUUUCUGGGUUAGCGGAGUCUGUAACCUGAAGCGUAUAUAACCUGAAGCGUCUGUAACCCGAGGUACUACUGUAUUGUCUAUUUUUGGCCUUAAAGUGUGGCAGGGGCUGGGAGAACUCCUCAGGGUAAACAGGCUGUUCAAAGCUCAAGGGGUUUCUUGUAUCCCAAAGCCCUGCCCCGCUUUUGGUUGAAGUUGUGAUGAAUUUAAAGGAGUGGUUUUUGGCUUCCAGGCAUGUUCUAUGGAGCCACUGAGUGCUCUGUAAUUGUUCUGUUUGCCCUCUCCCAUGGAGAGCAAAACGACCUUGGGUUGCUAGUAGGCUAGUUCAGAUUUCUGUCCUGAAAGGUCUAAUGUAAGCUGCCACACCCAGGUUUAGAAUCUGGUGAUUCCUUCUCCUCUUUCUUAGAGAUGUCUGUGGUGAAUUUCCCUUUUAACCCCAUCAGCUAAUGCAGAUACAUUCCGACAAUUCAGGUAGAGAGAAUCCACCAAAUGGAAUUACAGCGGUACCUUGGUUCUCAAACUUAAUCCGUUCCGGAAGUCCGUUCCAAAACCAAAGCGUUCCAAAACCAAGGCACGCUUUCCCAUAGAAAAUAAUGCAAAGUGGAUUGAUCCGUUCCAGACUUUAAAAAACAACCCCUAAAACAGCAAUUUAACAUGAAUUUUACUAUCUAACGAGACCAUUGAUCCAUAAAAUGAAAGCAAUAAACAAUGUACUGCGGUCACACUGUCAAUCAAUCAGUAGUUGAACUGGGUUCCACACAGUAACACACAAAAAAGAGCCGCAAAAACAAAAACGCAAAAUAAAUAGCGAAAACAGACAUAGCUCAGCAUAACACUCAAAACGGAAACAUGGAACCCAAAAUGGAAGUGUGGCACUCAAAACUGAAGUUUUGGCACUCAAAUUGGAAGCAUAACACUCAAAAUGGAGCAUUCCUGGCUUCCCAAAGAAGUUCGCAAACUGGAACACUUUGCAGUGUUUGGGUUCCAAGUUGUUUGAGUACCAAGGCGUUUGAGAACCAAGGUACCACUGUACUGUGUAGAAGUGAGGAAUACAAUGUUUCCAGAAAGCCAUGUGUCUAAGCCCUUCCCAAAAAGUGGGAUUAUCAACCCAGCUACUUUCCCACAAUCCAGGUCAACUUUUAGCUAUAGUAUCUACAACAUAAUUUUAUCAGAAAGAAAGCAAUAACAAUACACUAGGAGAAUUAAAAUAGCCUCUCUGCCUACUAGACAAGGAAUUUUGUGCUGCUGGAAGGCUUUUCUGAUAACCCACUUCUUCCUUUGGUCCAAAAGCCAAUUUAGGUCCCAACAGGCAGGUUAAAUUUUGGUUCAGUUUGGUGAAGUAAUGAUGGACUGAAUUGUAGGUUCUGGUCACUUAUGUUUGAACUCCCUGCUCAUACAUAUCCGAUGGACCCAUACGCAGAUGAUCUUCAUAGGCAUGGCACCUGCACGGUGUACGACAUGCCAUAACAUGACACACAUGCAAAAGUCAUACAUAUGCAUGGAACAUGCGGACAUAGAUAUUUUUCUGUGUCUUGGCUCAUUAAACUUCCGUUUAUGAUGGAGCCACAACAUACAUGCUAAUAAACACAUCCAUGGAUCUGGGAGGUGUUAUGUUUCACCCAUUAAAUGCUCUCUCCUGCAUGUGCAAUCUAGUUUAUUAGAAAUGCACCUCAUAAGUAAGGCCUGGAUAUCUGCACUAGGAAAAAUACUCCCAAGUCCUAUUACUAAGUUAUAAAAAUUGUGCUACUGAAAUGUGUAUACUGUAUGCAAUUGCACCGUUUGGGGGAGUUCUUAGCAAGAUUUUGCCUUUCUGCACCGCAUUCUUUGAAGAGAUGAGAUUCUGGAAAUCCAGAUAUGUGUAGUUGAUGGGAUGAGGGACCAUUUUAAAGGACAAUAGAAGCAGGAAGGCCAAUAGGGAAAAGUACUAAUACUGGUAGCUUCGCCCAUUGGAAGCUCAGGCAACCUGCAGGUUUUCAGAUCUUUGCUAGCAACUAUUAAGACUAAACUCUUGCCUUUAAAAAAUAAAGAGUAAGGCAAGUUGCCUAGAUUCCAUGGCAUGAUGGUAACCAUGCAGAUUCUUAAGCAAAUCAACUGAAGACAAUUCAGGGUUGCCGCAUGAAAUCUGGACACAGCUCUGCAGAGGAAAGUAAGUCCUAACAAGAGGGGGUGGCAAGUUGUAACUGUAAAUAUGUUUCCCAUGUUCUGUUCUAGGUGUUCUCUCUCUCUCUCUUUUUUAAAAAAUGAUUGAUUAUUACCAUAAUCAUCAUCAUCAUUUUUGAAAUGCAGACACCGUUGCCCUUAAUUAAUUAGUGCCUGUCCAUUACCCAUGCAUCUCAGUAUGUGAAAAACAGAUUAUAAACAAACAAAAUAGAUGGAGCUCCUUUCCCAUUGCUGUUCAGCAUAUAUAUAUAUACAUAUAUAUAUAUAUAUAUAUAUAUAUUUCCAAACCUAAGACAUUUAAAUUCCUCCAGGGCCUCCAAGUGCACUUGCACAUAUGCAAACAGCAACCUGUGCUUAGUCUCAGGAAGCAAGCGCUGCCUUGCUGCGGCACUAAUAGCCAAGCCAGAUGGCACCGCAGGACCCUCUUGUUAUGAGAUCGUCUACUAACAAUGGCCUCUCCUCGUCUUCCUCUUCCUCCCACAGGCUCGACAAUUUGCUAAACAUGGCAUACGGCGUCAAGAGGUAAAUAGCCUUCAAAAGCCUACGCUCCUCGCCACUCCCCCCCUCCCUCCCCACCUUGGCCCACAGCACAAGGCUGGAUUUUAAAAAGGUGAUUGUCAACACAGCCCCAGAGGCGAGAGCCCCCACCCCACCUUGGCCUUAACAGUGCAGCCGCACUCAUCCUUUUAGAAAGCAAAUGUGGGUGUCAUGAUUAGACAUAACAUUGGUAGUCUCCUAAGGUAUCUGACUGUUUUUCUUAACCUUAAAGGAGAAAAAAAACGUAGACAACUUUAUUUGUGGUUGCUUGGUUCAAUACCCACCCCUCCCCAAUACUAAUUUUUUAAUUUGUAAUCAUUUCCCCUCUUUUUUCUUAUUCCCCCCACCUCCCUCAGCGAGCAUGGGAAUUUAAAAGUACUAUAAAAGUUAAAACAAUAGAAUCCCUCCAUCUUCUGCCUUAGGCCUGUGGAAUUUGGGUUUGUGUGUCUUGGGGGACACGCUACAGACCUUUCAUGCCUCUCUUUUCGUUCUGUUUUGGGUUUGGUUCGAGAGAAGGGUUUGCUGUUUUGCUCAGAUGACUGGCUGUUCCUUAUAUAAUUUUUUUUUUUGGUCUUGUGUUUAUCUGUUGUCACUGUGUUGGGUGCUUCUUGGUUUCAUUUAGUUGUGUUGCUUGAAGGACAGAAAUUAGACGGUUGCUCCAAAGGUGAAUUGGGAAGGCGGACAAACUUUAUACCAAAGACAGAUACAUCUGAGAGCUAGAAGGCUGUCAAACAUGUUACAACAAUUACUGUUUAUAUUUCACGUCCCAAUCUUCCUUCGAAAGCUCAGAGCAGCUUAAAUGGAGCUCUCUGUAGUUCCACAUUCAGGCAUUGAGCAAGCUCAUUCCUCCUUAGGUCCAAAAUUCCUAGGCCCCAAAUUGAGCCUGUGUCGUUUUAAGUGGUUGCUAUGCCAGCAUCCUUCAUGAGUGGUCCAGUCUGCCCUGGAGAUUCCUAGCAAUGCCCAGCUGUUUCCUCAGAUUCAGCAAGAAGCAGCUUGACUCUUCUGCAGAACUGCCUUCCUUCACGCCUCCUGUUCCCAACAAGAUUAGAGGGGAGCGUUGUUGUUCACAGAGAAUUUUCUAUGCAAUAGCACAAUCGUGUGCAUGUGUUUAUUCUGACGUAAAUCCCACUGAAGUCAAUGGGGCUUCCUCCCAAGUAAAUGAGCAUAGAAUGAUUGCCGCUGAAGUCAAGUAAAUUAGCAGACACUUACACGACUGCUCUACUGCAGCAGGCUGGAGGUUGAAGAUAUUCUCUGCACAGAACCACUCCGAUACAUUCACUUCAACCUGUAUUAGAAAAGCUUAGUUGCAGCAGGCAGGUAGUAUUGGUGAGCCAUUCAGCCACGAAUAACAGUGUGUUCUGGAUCAAUAACAAAAAUUACACAUCCAUAUACAGAGUUGUGGUGUGAAACAACCCAGAGGGACGCGGGUGGCGCUGUGGUCUAAACCACGGAGCCUCUUGGGCUUGCCGAUCAGAAGGUUGGCGGUUCAAAUCUCUGCAAUGGGGUGAGCUCCCAUUGCUCUGUCCCAGCUCUUGCCAACCUAGCAGUUCGAAAGCACACCAGUGCAAGUAGAUAAAUAGGCACUGCUGCAGCGGGAAGGUAAACUGCGUUUCCGUACGCUCUGGUUUCCGUCACGAUGUCCCGUUGCAGCAGAAGCGAUUUAGUCCUGCUGGCCACAUGACCUGGAAAGCUGUUUGUGGACAAACGUCGGCUCCCUCGGCCUGAAAGCGAGAUGAGCACUGCAACCCCAUAGUUGCCUUUGACUGGACUUAACUGUCCAGGGGUCCUUUACCUUUUACCUGAAUCAACCCACAGAUCCAGGUUAUCCAAACAUUUCAAUUUUCUUUCUUUCUUCUUCUCCAAAACUGGGGUGGACGAGGAAAGGGAAGGAAAUAACUGGAGCACAGGUGGUCACCAGCAACAUGUCAGAAAACAAUAGCUGGCUGGGCAAUGGGACGAGAGAGAGACAUAGGGAAGUUUGUACUAUACCUGUUCCUCACAGCAAGCUCUGCCCCACAUCCUGGGCAGGAUGCACCUAAUGAGUCCCAUCACUGGAAUCCCUUGUACAAUGGGCUUUCCCCUCCUUCUCUCCCCCUUCCCUGUGCCAGAAUUGGCUUUGGGGGGCUUGGGAGAACCCCCAUAACAGAGCUCAGGGGCGGAGAGGGGGGGUCAUUUCGUCUGGCAAGCUGAAAUGCUUGAGCUGACGGAACAAUUGGAAGAGCACGACAUUGAAUUCCUCCCUGUUUCAUUAGAAUCAUUUCUAAGAUGUUAUUUGCUACCAUGAAGUUUAUAACUUGGCGUGGGGGGUUUUUAAGUUUGUUUUUCUUUAAAUGGAAAAUGAGAUUCUCAUUGUGCCAGAUUCUGCAUGGGAUUCCAAUUUCAGGACUUGCAUGAUGAACUCAUUCAUGCACAGGAAAAGUCACCGUCUCCUUCGUUAGGAGCCCUUCCAUUUUACCCUUGAGGUUACUUCGUUAUUAGAGCCAAGAAACCUGAAGGCCAAACAGGGAGACUCGUGGCACACUUGCAGGCUGAACCAAGCUGGGGGAACAUCUAGCACAGGCAGAAAUACCCUUGAAGGAGUGUGAAUUAAAAUGUCACCUCACCAAAAUCUGUGUGGGAAAUUACAAAGGUAGGCUUGUACAGAGGUACCUUGGUUGUUGAAUGCCGUGAUACUCGGACGUUUUGGCUCCUGAACGCCGCAAACCCAGAAGUGAGUGUUCCAAUUUGCGAAUGUUUUUCGGAAGCCGAACGUCCGACGUUGCUUCCGCAGCUUCCAAUUGAGUGCAGGAAGCUCCUGCAGCCAAUCGGAAGCCAUGCUUUGGUUUUUGAACUGUUCCGGGAGUCAAACGGACUCCGGGAAUGGAUUAAGUUCGACAAGCAAGGUACGACUGUACAUCAAAUUCAACCUGAAGGAUCCAGGUCUUUUGGUAGGAACUGCCUGUGCCCUUUCCCUCCUGCCCCUUGGAGCCAAGGCUUGUAGGAGUGAACUGCCGGUGCCUCUCCCUUUCCCCUGAGAAGUAGGUAGCGCUGUUCCUAACCUGUCCAUAUUGCAGUGAGCUCAUGCUGGUAGAAUGCCAGCCUUACACCCAAAGUAGUCCUCUCUCCUUGAUCUCCAGGUUCUCUCCCAUCACGAUCGACAGCAUGACCAGCCUGGCGGGAGUCAACCUGACAGGGGCCUCCAGUGCCGGCUGGUGCAUCUUUGUGUACAACCUCUCCCCAGAGGCCGAUGAGAGUGUCCUGUGGCAGCUCUUUGGGCCUUUUGGAGCAGUCACCAACGUCAAAGUGAUCCGCGACUUCACCACCAACAAGUGCAAGGGCUUUGGCUUUGUCACCAUGACCAACUACGACGAAGCAGCCAUGGCCAUCGCCAGCCUCAAUGGCUACCGACUGGGCGACCGAAUUCUCCAGGUUUCCUUCAAGACCAGUAAGCAACACAAGGCAUGAGCGAGCGAGCGGGGCGAGAGAGAUGGCGGGAGGGGUGGGGUGGGGCGAGCGGCAAGGAUGCUGGAAAACAGCCCUCUUCCCCGACUCGCCACGAGAACGGAAAUGUUCAUUGACUCAAAUGUUGCAGAAUAUUUAAAACAAAACAAAAAACCGCCAGACACCGUGAUCUUCUCUGGGAAGCAGGAGGCUUCUCCCGCUCCCCCUCCCCUGUGCCCGACAGCCCAGCAGGGAGCACGGACGUGGCAACAUGUCAGCCACCUUUUGAAAACCGAUCCCUGCUCUUGGCAAUGUGCAGGGGAGACAUCCACUCAGAAUAGAACACCUCUCUGUUUCUGUGACCCUACUGCGCCCCCCCCAACCCGGUCCCUUGUCCUAGGCUUUUCUAACAUACUUUACCCAAGUCAGAAGCUUUCCCCAAUCUUCCAUCCUUCCUUCCCUCUUUGAAUUCUGACCCCUUAUAUUGUUCCUUUCGAUGGGCAGGUUUCCUGGCCCCGGGAGGAUGAAAACCACUCUCUCCUGUAAGGUGUGAUAUAGAAACACUCCCGACUCUCCCCCCCCUCCAAUAUUGCGGAUCAGCAAAUCCAAGAAUUGUCACGACUGCUUUUCUGAGCUAGCCUAGGGGAGGAGGAGUUACAACAAUCCAGCUCACCACUUUUGUCCUUCUUGGAUGCAAAAAAAAUAAAAUACAAAAAAGUACAAAUGUGGUGGGUGGACAAUGCUCUCAUCUCAUCCCUUGGUCUAAAAUGUUAGCGAUAUUGUUUGUUAAUCCUACCACCUUGCCUGGCCCUUAAUUAGAAUGAUGUUGUAUUUGGGAAAUAAACCCAACCCCAUAUGUCCUGAACGGGGGUCCUUCCUGCCUUUCCCCAGAGAAGCCUCAUUCCCUGGGGGAAAAGCAAAGGCCCCAUAUAUAUUUUUUCUGCUCUGUUUUGUAAGUUUGCAUAUCAGGUUUGAUAAUUUGCUUACGUCCUGGAAUAAUUUGGGAUUAAAGUAAGGAGUGUGGGUCAUGGCGAUAAGCAAGCGAGAGAGGCCAGGGACCUGGCACAGUGUCCAAGAUUCCUAGUCGAUUAAUCAGGUUGUGUGGACUAGAUGGGUCAAGUUUCUUUUCGGGUCAGAAAUAUGGACUUGAAUCAGGUGGUGGUACAAUUUAAACCUGCUGUUUUGCCUCCUCUCCCAAAAUCAAGCCUUUCAUUCUUUCCUUCUUUCUUUAUAAAUUUUUAGGCGAAGAAUUUGUUAAGACCAAGCAUGGGGCCAUCUGAGAGAGAGGAGGGAGCCAACCCCCCACCCCCAAACUGUGUUAGUUAACUAUCCUGAUAAGCUAGAAAGUUGUUUUUGAUUAAAGGGGGAGGUACAGGAGUGGGAAUGGGCUGGUGGGUGAGUUUUCCCUUUCUCUUUUUCAAUGUUAGAUCAAUCUAAUGACUGAACGAAAGGGGGAAAUGAUACAUUAAAAAGGCUGAAAUGGGAAACAAAAUGAAAACAACAGCAAACGUUUAGAAAGAUUUUAAAAAAAUCUAUUUUUAUAAAAAAGGAAAAGAGACCUUGUUGGAAAUUUUUACUGGGAUUCUUGAACUUCACACACACACACACACACACACACACACACACACACAAAUUCAAAGGGAGAAAUGGAAAGCAAGUCACUAAGUGCUACUGCUCUACACACACCAGUCAUUCAUUCCCAAUGGCCUUUCCAGACAAGUGAUGGGGAUGUCCAUAUUGUAUCAAAUUUCACAGAUACAGGUAGCUUGGUAGCUUGGAGACACACAAGAGUCUCCAUAUAAUGAACUGGGAUUUUGGCAUGAGCUUUGUUAUGGCGUUGAGUUGGGGGAUAGCCAUAGUUCUGAGCUGGGACGGUUCCUACCUGAAAGCUGAGCCUUCCCUUCCCUUUGCUAAUUCCACCCAGGUUUGCAAAACGACUUGGCGGUGCAGCGGUUGGGGUUGAGCCUGGCUUUGUUGCAGGGAGGGUUUAAACGCCAGCGAAAGCAACUGAGCCCACCAGCACAACUGUGGCGGCUCACAGUGACUGAAGGCAUUUUUAAAAGCGUGAGACUUCGAAAGGAAACCGAGUUCAGUUAGUGCCGUAUAGAGAGGUGCUGGGAGCAGGAGAAAAAAGGCAUGGCUUUUUCCAAAGGGUGGUGUACCAACAGAUGCCAGCUGCUGCCAGUUGCAUAGCAGCAGUUUCACAAGCACCCCAAACAGCAGUGAGUAAGGCCCGUGUGCUUUCUCCACACCAGAAGCAUGCUGGGAAGGUAGCUGCUUUUCUUGACCUAUUGUCUUUUUCCUGCCACACCCUCUCCGUUGCCCCCAUCCCCAGUUGCCUGGAAAGUCUUUGAGAGUCUUGUGCAGGAGCAGCACUUAGUGCCUCAGAUCCCAAGGGUUUUGGAUUGUUCUGUCCCUCCCUUAGCUGGGCAGAAGCAGCAGCAAAUUGCUUUCAGGAUUCUUUUUUCCCCCUAGCCUUUUUUAUUUUAUUUUAAUGCUUUUCUUGUCUUUGUGUGUCUUGUUAGGGGCUGGGGAAAGGGCAGAAGGGGCUGCAGUCACCUUACGGCUUUUUGCAACAUCCCCACCAGACUUCUCUCUUACCCACCCAGCCCCUGCCAAAGGGACAAAAAGCCUAGGAAACAGUUUAUUUCUUUAAAAACAACAACAACAAUGGUUUAGGCUGUGUGCUUAAUACCGUUUUACACACGUCCAUUUUCAGAGUUGUUUCCCUGCUAAGAUUUCUUUUGGCUUUUUCAUCGGAAAAGCCAUCGAGUGAAAUUUAUAAAAAAGAAGCACCCCAAAACAGUUAGUGCUGCUAGAGUAUGGAAGCUGAUUUGUGCAGAUAGGUUUGGUUCUGCAGGAAAACCCUGCUGCUGCUGGGUGGGGGAAGAGGGGCUCUAUUCACCCACCUCUCAAUGCAUGCCUGAUAUCUACCCUUAGCAAAGAGACAACAUGGUCCUCAAUGGGGGCACGGUAGCAAGCAACUCCUCUAGCUGUUGCGGAGGACACAGAGCCUGAAGUGUCUCAGAUGUCACUGCCCACUGCUGGCGCGCCAAGGCUGUUAUGCAUGAUGCUGCAAAACAUCUUGGAAAGAAGAGGGAGAAUUAGAUCCGCAGAGGUCCGUGUACGACGCAAUGGACAUCAAUUACGGAAAAGUAGAUUAACAUUCAGUUUCCCAAAGGCAAGGCAGCUUGAUCCAAUUUGGGAGGCUCCUGGGCAGUCCAUUAAGCGUAGUGCUAUAAUGAUGGGCUAAGUGCAGGGGCAAUCAGGAGAAGGAUCAUGAAGGAAAAGCAGGGACCCUCUUAUUUUGAGGGGCGUCUCUUGUUUGACACUGACUUCUGGUAGUAUCCCACAUCCAUAUACUGUAACUAGAGUCCACAGCUCCAACAGUCUUAAAAAUUAAAGGGUUCUCUUUAUGUUAAUUAUGGAUCCAGCCGUUUCAUGUAAGAGACCAAGGAUAAGUUGGGUAGGCGGGGAGUAGGGAAAACUGGUCCAAAGAAGGUCAUGCAGCUGGAGGCUGGGGAAUCUGCAAAUGCUCCCUCCUAGGAGCCUGGCAUUAUACUUCAGAAGAGUGCAACAGGAGACAAGCUGACGGGCCUGGGGGUUGAAAUUGCUUGUCUUGGCAUUUUCUGAGGAAGGACUAGAUAGGGAGCAGCGAGCACUUGCUAGGGAGGCACCAAUUCUUCUCCUUCCCCUACCAUUUGAGUGGACACGAGGCAGAACAUUUGCCACUUGCCCUUUCCAGGCAGCUUAAUGCAACCAAAUAGGUCAGCUCUUUGACCCCCUUCACUGUUGAAUGGAGAUCUCGGGGCUGUUUUGGCAAUGUCUUUGCUCUGCUUUGUCCAUGUGGCUUCCUAGAACAGCUGAGCGCAAGUCACACUUGGCCAGGGGAACUGCACGGCCCGGUUUGUGGGGCGGAUGAGUCCAACAUGAUUCCUGGUGAUGCCACAAGGGAUGGCUGUGCCACGCCUUCCUUUUCAAUAAGGGGCACAGUUUUCUGUUCCUCCUCCGCCUUCCUAGGUGGAGGCAUUGGCAAGACCAAACAGUCCAGUGUCCAUCUGGGCAUUUGAUAACUCCAUGUUCAUUUUUUCUCUCGGCUCACUCAAGUCAGUUCCGUUUCCCACCCGCCCUCACUCCGAAUUAGCCACAUGCCCUGGCAGCUCUGAAACGGCACCACCUUUUCGCCCUCAGCCAUUCUGCUAGAUUUAGUGCCUGCUCUGCUGUGGCUGGUCCAUCCCCGAGAGAGAAUACGUCCCCACAAAGCCAAUCACCUCUGUAAAGCAACACUGCACUUAGCCACAGUGGACUCCAGCAGCCGAGGAUGUCUUCUGACUUUCCAGCAGAAGGUCUCCGGUGCGCUGGGCUGUAGGAGAAACAUCGGAGCGCUUUCCACCAUGCUGCGAGGCAGUUGUGGAGCAAUCUGACCCGUAGGAAGGCCUUGCAAUUCCCAUGCUUUAAGAUUUCUCUCAGGGGGCUUCUCUUUUCCUCUUGGCAGCAAUAAACCUUCCAGUCUUUUGAGAUGCACACUCCUGCUUGGGUUCUUGGUCCGAGGCAGCAUGGGCCAGUGGUCACGGCAUGGGCCAGUAUGAUUGCUUUGUGCUCAUCUCGCAGGAGGGUGAGCGCCUCAGCCCACCUUUCUGGAUCCUUGCCAAAGACAUGCUUCUUGUCUGCUGGACAUCUAGCUUUCAGCAUGACAUCCCCGCUCCGAUUCUAAGCUGAUGGCAUGUUUCCCCUCCACCCGAUGUCUUGUGGUAUCUGAUCCAUCAUGGGGGAGAGAUUGGGAGGGAACCCUUUGUCCAUGUUUGGAAGGAAAAGGUACUUAACCAGGUUCCCCACCAGAGAUUUGGAUGCCAGUUUGUUGAAACACAACAGCAAGUUUCAGCUAAGUUGCCCUUUGAGGCUAAGCAUUGAGACGCCUCCUCAAAACUUCCUUCGGUCAAGGCAACCAAUAAUGUUCUUGGGUUGUCUGCAAAAAUUGCAGGCGGCAAGAGCUUUUUUGAUGUAGCCAGAGAGGUGCGUAUGUGAGUGAGCACCUCUGCACACGCUUAAGGAAAAGGACGCAUGUGCUCUCUGGCUCAAAAGGGAAGCCAGGGUGAAACUAGGAUUCACCCCACUGAAGCGUAGACCUUUCAAACAGCUUCUGCUUCCGGCUUUGCCAUCUAAGCUGUGACCAAAUUACUAUCAUGGCACCUAAUGGCAUCCUAGCAUAAGCAUCACCCCUGCCUGUUAACCAUGAUAGUAGGAUGAUGGAACAAUGCUUAGAGCUAUUCCCUGAUCAAGCCCUGCAGGGACUUGUGUACCCAGCCACCUAUCCCACCUGGCCCUCCUGGAUUCAGUCUCCGUCCGAUUAAAUGUCCUAAACAUGUCGGCAAGUAUAAGGGCGAAAACCCCAUCCACCACCAUCUUCAACCAAAUAGACCUUGUGGGUCCGAGGCCAUGUUUAUUUCGCGGAAAGCUGAAAUUACACCGUACGUAACACAGCCCUCAAAGGGAAGGAACUUGCUGCUCCAAUAUCUCACACCUUUGUCACGUAGGCCUCGAUUCAAAGGCUUGGGGGAAGCUUCCCUGACAGUUCUUAAUACCAAAUCUCUUCCCAUUAACCGUUGCCCAUUGUAAUUUCCCCCCCCCCCGCGUUUUUUUUAACAACGGGAUUAACACGCCUGAGGGUGUCAUCUCUGUUACUGUAUGUACGUUUCCUGUGAUAUAGGAGGUGCUAUCAUGGAGUGGAUAGAGGAGUAGAGAUGAGGUUCUUGGCACAGGUGAGAGUGUUCCACCUUUGGACCAAGACAUCUCUUGCUCCAUGGUCCUCCACAGGGAGCCUUCAUCCCUUUCGAGUGUGUAUGUUUGUUGAAUGGGGACAGGCCAAAUCAUUCAUUUGGGACAGUUCCUCCACAGCACUGCCCAGCUUGUUUUUUAUUUAUUUGGUAUAAUAGCAAGAAAUUGUAUUUUUUUGGGGGGGAGUGAUGGUGGAGAGAAAUCUACUCAAGUUUUUCACUCAUCCGGCAGCCACAAAUGCCAAAUACCUUUGGAGUUUUAGCCAUUUCCGUGGAGGCAUUGCCCAGUUUCUCAAAUUAAAGCCAAAAGAGCCCAGGAGGACUUUUUAAAAACGUCUGAAUCUUGCUCUCUGUAGGGCUGCUGCUUAAAAAUAAAAAAGAAUUUAUUUAUUUUAUUUUAUUUUAUGGUUGUCUCCCUUCAGAAUGGAGCCUUCAAGUGGGAUUAAUCUGUUUGUAAGGGUUGUACUACACUGACAUCCAUGUCCAUGUUGCUUUUUUUUUUUUUUUAAUUCCCCCUCCACAUACUUCAAAGGGAACGAGAAGGGAAGUUUCUCUUAAAAAAAAAAAACUUAACUUUUAAAAAGGGGACGCAACUGCUACCGCCUUUUCCCGAGGCAUCUCUUUGGAUCUGUGUUCACAAAUCACAUCCUGAAAAUGCACAUCGGCUAUUUUUCCGUUCUUCUUUUUAAAAAUUUAUUUAUUUAUUUAUUUUGGUUUGCUGAAAACAACGAAGUCAUCGUUGGCACUUGUGGAGCAAGGGACUUUUAUUUUCUUUUGCUCUCAAGC